AUAAAAGAAAGAAGAGGAAGUACAUCCUCAGCGUUCUGGACUCUGACGAUGGAAGAGGGCUGACUCAAAAUUAUCCAAGUGGAGUCACCCUGUCUUACAAUGGGGGAGCCACAGAGAACGAGGUUGCGGUACGAAAGCGCCUCAACAUUUAUCUUAAAACCGAAGAAUCGAUUGGAAUGUUCGUCGCCUCCUCCCCGCCCGACGUCUCCUGCUGUUACUAACAUUGCUACCCGCAGAGUAUCGACUGUACAACAGCCGCAGUCGACUGCUACGUACGAAGAGUUCCACCCUGCAAGCGGUAACCAGCCCACAUCGGGACUGACACAAACGCUGUCCGGACCCAAUGUUGUCCACGGGAGUAGCUCUAGUGAGCAAAUCAACAUCAAUAUCAACGAUAAAGGCAGAUCACGGAAACGCUACAAGGACGGUGACCGAAGGCCACGACGGAGAUCAUCCAACUCGAGGAAAGCGACCAGAAAUCGUGAUGCCGAAGACAACAAUGGCAGCCAGUUGACGUCGACUACUACUGACGAGCAAAAAACCGAGUCUGACAGAGUGAUAUUCAAACGAGGCAAUAUUGUCAUAACGAGGGAAAAGAAGAAACCUCCACCAUCACCCCCACCACCUCCACCACCACCUCCACCUCCUCCUGCUCCAACGGGUUUUACGGGUUUCCUUGCAGCUAUUUUGGCGGCAUUACCGAAGCAGCAGCCACCACCCCCGCCUCCGCCGCCGCCACCUAUUAUCAUCAGGUUACCACCGUACCCUGUACCACCACCACCACCACCUCCUCCUCCUCCUGCUGUCCUAAACCUCUCGUCCUCUUCGUCGUCAUCUGAAGGAGAAACUCAGCUGCAACCUCAGUAUGAAGUGCGCCCUCUCGACCCCAAACAGAUCGGGUCUCUGUGCAGACAAGUAGACUUGAGGUCAAUGGUGCAGCAAGAGAUGGAUACACAAAGCGUGCAAAGGUCGUCAAUGGAAAAACGGCUCGAGAGAAGAGUGAAGAGGCGUUUGAGGAUGGCAAUGCUGGCAGACGAUGCUGAGGAAGAAGAGGAAGACGUAAUAUAGAUCUGGAAAUAAACGCACACGAUUAUAACACGUUU